UGACCUUGAAGGUCACGUUAGUAGGUUAAAAAACAUGGCUGCCUCCUUAGCAAGGAUGCAGCUUUUAAAGCCGCCGCGCAGUCUGUGGUCUGUACGUCGUUAUAGCAAGACCAUGCGGCCAAAUGAGUUUACUCAGAGUGGGGAUAGAGGCCAGGGUUAUUAUAUUCUUCUCCCAGAGGUUCCCCAAGACACACCAAAAACAAACCCAUUACUAGAAACAUUAGAAAAUGAGACACCGGCAUUUGACAAGAACUUCAAACGUCAUCACUUACUUAAAGGACUGACAAAAAUAGCAGCAGUUAAAGGUUCUGAAUUUCUGGAUUAUUUUGAAAGCUUGCAAGUUGACUCAGCACCAGAAUCAUUUGAUUCUGUAAUUAGACCAUAUGAGGAAAUAUGUGCACAGUUGUUAUAUGCAAGUGCCACAAGUGCCCACCUUGGAAAUCUGGAUGUAGACCUCACAAAGUCAAUUGAAGUAGGUCAAGCUAAAAUAAACAAGAUCCUUACUGACAGAUGGGCAAAUGAAAAUUUUUGGAAUGUUUUGAAGAAAUUAGAAGAGAACAAAGAAAAUUUGACAGACAUUCAGCAACGGUACCUGGAUGUGCUUUUGAAUGAAUUCUUUAAAGUUGGCUUUAAAUUGGAGAAUAGAAAAAGAGAAGAAUUAUUGAAAGGCCAGCAUGAUCUGUCAGAAGAUUGCAAAUUGUUUAAAGGAAGGAUUUCAUUCUGUCAAAGUCUCUUCAGACGAAUAUUUCAUCACAAAAGCACAAUUUCUGGCUUACCAGAGGAUUUUUUGCAAUAUAUAUCCACAAAUGAAGAAAACCCCGCAGAAGGACCUUGGGCUAUGCCACUAAAUAUAGAUGUCUACAAGAAGGUCAUGCUGCUGGCUGAUAGUAGAGAGUUGAGGAUGUCAAUUUAUAAAAUUUGGAACUUGAGAGCUUCGGAGGAGUACAGCCAGAACAUGGCAUCCAACAUUGAAGAAUUGAACAAUAUCAGGAUGGACAGGAAUUAUGUGGCACAAAACCUUGGAUUUGAUAGCCAUGUAGAUAUGUUACUGUCAAGAUCAAUGGCGGGUAGUGCUGAUGAUGUCAUGGGAUUGAUUUAUGACGUAAAGACAAACUUAGAACCACUGCUUGAGGCAGAACUGAAGGAGUUGGAGGAAUUCAAUAAACAGGCUUUCAAUAAGCAAUAUGAGUUGGAAGUAUGGGAUGUACAUUACCUGGCGUUCCUUCUAAAAAGAGAAGUGUUCCUAGGUGGGUUUGAAGGCAAAGACUCAAUAUCUUAUUUUCCCUUGGACCAUGUUCUAGACACCAUGUUCAACUUCACACAGGAGCUCUUUGGAUUUAAGUUAGAGGAAAGCCAUGGAGAAUAUCCGGUGUGGACUGAUGGUGUUAGGGUUUUCAAAGUAUAUAGCGAAGAAGGUGAACACAUAUCUUACUUGUAUAUAGACCAGUUCAUAAGGGAAGAAAUGGAGUAUGAACCGUCAUGCCAGAUAGGCAGAGCACACAGUGAAAUUUUGGGCAGUAAGCCAAUUGCAUACCUGAGUCUCUCAGCACUGAAUUCCAGAAUGAUGGACGAUACAUCCGAUGGUGGCUCCUCCUUUAAUUUCAUUGAAAUGAAUUAUAUCCCAGAACUUUUUCAACAAUUUGGAAAUGCCCUUGGAAUAGUGCUGAAUCGAGUUCCCUACACUGAACUCAGUGCUGGCCUGUAUACAGAAGUGGAUGCUCAGGGCAUACCUGGUCUGGUUAUGGGGUAUUUUGGUCUGCAGCCUCACAUAGUGCAGAUGUUUAGCAAACAUGUCACAACAGGAGAGCAGUUGACAGAGGCUAUGGCCAGAAAAAUUUGCAUAGCCAACCAAUACUUGAUGGCAUAUGACCUGAUGCACGACUUGUAUACAGCAGCUUUUGACUUGGAGAUGCAUCUAAGCUUGGAAGGCUCCCCCAUGGAGAGCAAGAAAAAACUGUGGCCACUGUUUAUGCCCCUUCCUCUUCCUGUUGAAGACAUGUCUGAAUUUUCCAAUACAAGAGUGUUUACAGAGACACCGGGAUAUUGCUAUGCUCCAAUAUGGACAUCGAUGGUAGCCGCAGAUAUUUUUGAAGCAUUUUCUGAUGUAGAUCCACAGGAUGUGAAAAUGUUGAAUGAGAUAGGCCGAAGGUUUAGAAAUACUUUCCUGUAUUAUGGAGGUGGGUUACCAGCCAAAGAACUGUUUAGGAGAUUCAGGGGAAGAGAUCCGGACCUUUUACCCUUCCUCAGAGUAAAAACCAAAUACAGAGCAUGGUUGGAAGAAGAAGAAUAGAUUGUUGAGGACAAAAAAAAAAAUUCAAGAAUACUUCAGCUUCUAAAAUGAAACACGGCUGAAGGGUGCUGCUGAGGCAAAUGCUGCAAAAUAUGUCUCAUCACCUCAUUAAAAUAUUACAUUCAUAAAACUGUUUCUAAUGAUCAUCAAUUUUUGGGGACCGUACAUCUCAAAGAAUGGGAAGCAGAGCUUCAUUAUACCCAAAUGUGUACCUGCAUUUUCUCCUUUUUUUUUUUUUUACCAAAAAAUAAGAGCUAAAAAGCUUGGCAUAUUAAAAUCAAAAGCUGACUGUCAUAUUUUCAGACAUGUUUAUUUGGCACUGUCUGUGAAGAACUUUUUGCUCCAUAAAAUUCCACAAAUGUUUGUAUAUUUAUUUACCACUCCUUGUAAUAUAUGAAGCCUAGGACUAAUGCCUUGCAAAAGCAUGCCUUACUUUAAGUAAAGGCAUUGUUAAACAAAGGUGGGCUGUUAAUGGUUUAUGUAAAAAUGUGUUAAUUUAAAAUAUGCUGUCAGAUAAUGGGUCAAUUUGUAAGAACUUGAAAGAAUGAGUGGAAUACAAUACAUUGUACAUAAAAAUUCUUAAAUAUC